CAAACUCAAAGGAGAAGCUCGUUGACGCCCUCAGGGUCCCUACUCGUCAACUCGGCUGUGUCAAGAUUCGGCCGCCGCGGGCCGACCCACACAAAGUUACGCCCUGGCCCUGUUAUUCAGGCACGAGGAUGUGAUGGAACUGCAUGCAGACGGUGAUCGUUGCCAUGAUUGAAAGGUGUCAUGAGCGACAAAAGAAGCAAAAUGUUACAGAGCCAAUAUUGCGCCACGAGAGCCACAGAAAAGCCAUUAGAGGGCGACGAAAAGUGGAGACUGAAAGUGCUUCUUUACCUGGGCUCCCGAAAAACAUAAAUUCAGCCAUGUCGCCGACCCUUUGUUGGAUUUCUACGGUCGGAUUCGAAUCUCAAAUCAAGAGGAAAGCCUCGUUACGCCUUCGUUGAAUUGUCCCCCUUUUUCUUCAUUGUCAUCGACCUUCUCAUCAUGAAGUUUUCCGCUUCCUGUGUAGCUGCAGUCGCCGCUGCAUUGCUGUCGACUACUCGAGCUGCACCAUUAGAAGAGCGCGCAUCGACUGUACAGGGCUUUGACAUUUCGAGCUACCAAGGUACUGUUAACUUCGCUGGUGCCUACGAUAGUGGAGCUCGUUUUGUUAUCAUCAAGGCUACCGAAGGGACUACUUAUAUCGAUUCCGAGUUCUCCAGCCACUAUACUGGCGCCACUAAUGCGGGUUUCAUUCGAGGUGGCUACCACUUCGCCCACCCCGAUUCUAGCUCUGGAGCCACCCAAGCCGACUUUUUCCUGGCUCACGGCGGUGGAUGGUCUGACGAUGGCAUCACACUUCCCGGAAUGCUGGACAUUGAGUACAACCCUUCAGGCGCAACUUGCUAUGGUUUGAGCCAGUCGUCCAUGGUCAGCUGGAUCCAGGACUUUGUCAACACCUAUCAUAGCAAAACGAGCCGUUACCCCUUGAUUUACUCUACAGACGACUGGUGGUCUACCUGCACUGGUAACUCCGCUGCUUUCCACACCACCAGCCCGCUCGUCCUGGCUCGCUAUGCCAGCUCCCCUGGCACCAUCCCUGGCAGCUGGCCUUACCAGACUAUUUGGCAGAACGCCGAUAGUUACACCUAUGGUGGCGACUCUGAUCUCUUUAAUGGUGAUUUGACAAGCCUUAAGAAGCUUGCUACUGGUUAACUUAAAACAAUAGCAAGUUUGAUUAAAUAAUACAAAUAUAAUUAUAUUUAAUUACUUGAUUUGUUUAUAUAUCAUACCAAGUAAACAGGCAUUCAGCCUUUAGCAUAGACAAAUCAAGUAAGACCUUCGUUGGAAGAAGUACAUUUGCAUCAGGAAAACCACCCGAUUUCCUUCUCUGAUCUAAAGCUCAUCGUAAGCGCUGGAUGGAUAAAUUCUACAUCGAUCAAUCUCGCUAGUCUCAAUAUCUUGGCCUGAGAAAGAAAAUCUAUAUCUUGGUGGCUGCUACACAUCUCUCAUGUACCUGUCAAUAACUUU